AUGCCCUCCUACUACCACAGGAUCUCCUGCUACCAUGGGAUCUCCUACUACCAUGGGAUGUCCUACUACCAUGGGAUAUCCUACUACCACGGGAUCUCCUGCUACCACGGGAUCUCCUACUACCAUGGGAUCUCCUGCUACCACGGGAUCUCCUGCUACCACCCACCUAUUUUUAGUAUUCACUAUUCUCUUUCACUCCCUGCCCUUUCUCCCUCUUGCCCCUUGGGAUUUUCCAGCCCGACGUUCCUGGUGGCAGUUCCUUGGAACAUCCGUCCCGGAGCGAACCUGAGCGUGGGGGUGGCCCUGCUCCCCGACAGCCCGGCGCAGGUCACCGUCAGGGGAGAGGUGCUCAGGGACAACCAGACCCUCUCGAGCAGGGAGCUGGUCUUCGAGAGAGAUUCCUUUGGGACUCUUGUUCUUCCCGCACUGCCUUUGACCAGCGCUGCUGGGAAUUACGAGUUGCUGGUGGAAGGCCAUGCUGACGGCCGGCGUGUCUUCUCCAACCGCACCAGCCUGAUGUACACGUCCAAGAGCACCUCUGUCUUCAUCCAGACAGACAAAUCCAUGUAUAAACCGGGGCAAGACGUGAUGUUCCGGAUUGUCACCGUCUAUCCCGAUCUCAAACCCUACAAAGCAUCUCUGAACAUAUAUAUCCGAGACCCUCGGAAGAACCUGAUCCAACAGUGGCUGAUGGAGGAGGGUGAUUUGGGCGUAGUUUCCAAAAAAUUUCAGUUAUCCACGAACCCCCCGCUGGGAGACUGGUCCAUAGAGGUGGAAGUGAAUGGUCAAGUUCAUUAUCAAAGAUUUAAAGUGAUGGAAUAUGUUUUACCGAAAUUUGAUGUUAUGAUCACCACCCCGUUAUACUACUCUUUGAGAGAUGAAGAUGUAACUGGUAUUGUCACUGCAAAGUACACGUAUGGAAAGCCAGUGAAGGGAACUGUAACGGUCACUUGCCUUUCUGUCUCCUACUGGACAAACAAGAGAAACAUAACAACGACAAUGGAGAUAAACGGGUCGGUGAAUGUGACCUGUAACAAGCUGAUGUUGCAAAACCUGAAUGCUGAUCAGUCGUGGCACCACGGUGAUGGUGAUUACACGGAGCCGAUUGAGAUCAUCGCGGUGGUCACCGAGUCCCUGACGGGAAUCUCCCAAAAUUCAAGUACCAUCAUAUUUCCAAAGCAAAGCGACUAUUUUAUUGAAUUUCUGGACUACUCUAGAGUUAUAAAACCUUCUCUGAACUUCAUAGCUACUCUGAAGGUGACACGCUCCGACAGCAACCAGCUGACAGUGGAGGAGAGGCAGAACCUCGUCACAAUCACUGCACAGCAGUCAGACCUGCUUUUUCACCACUCCUCGCUUUCUCACCUGGAGAAUGAGGCAACAGAGGAGAGAAAUCUGACCGUCCACGUGCUCAAUUACACGGUCCCGGAAAAUGGAAUUAUUGAUAUUGAGUUUCCAAUCCUGUCUAAUACAAAAACUCUGAGAGUUCAGGCGGAGUUCCUCAGCAGCAGGACCGACAUUGGUGUUUAUGACGUGUUCAGCUCCCCCAGCCAGACCUAUCUCCAGCUUAAAACGAAGAGCCAGGAUAUAAAGGCUGGGAAGCCCUUUGAGCUGAGCAUUGCAAGCAACAAGCCAGUGAGAGAGUUCCACUACCUGGUGUUAUCUAAGGAACAAAUUAUGGACUUUGGCACAAAGGCUGCAAAAACAUUCACUUUGACAGCAGAAAACUCCUGGGCUCCUCUGGCAUGCAUACUGGUGUUCUACGUUGAUGAGCUUGGCGUGGUUGUGAACGAUGCUCUCACCGUCCCUGUCCAGCCUGUUUUGGAUGACAAGAUUAAAAUAUCUUGGAGCAAAGAUAAGGUGAAGCCAUCUGAGGGGGUCUCCCUAAAAAUCAGUACGACAGAGCCAGGGUCAGUCAUUGGACUCGCGGUUGUUGAUAAAAGUACAAAGCUCCUAGGAGAAAGUACUGACAUAACAGAAGAUUCUGUCUUCCACGAGCUCAAUUUAUACAGCACGGUGCAGUAUUUCCCUCUGGUCAGAGGGUCUUUUGGGGUCUUUCAGAAAUGCAGCCUUUGGGUAUCCACUGAUGCAGUUCUUGAGGAGGAUAAGGAACAUUUUCUUUAUGGUGGAAUGAUACCCAUCGAGGACGGUUUCGGUGAUGAUAUGCCGGUAUCUAAGGACGGGCCUCCUGAUUUCAGCAACCUCUACGUGAGGACACAUUUUCCAGAGACUUGGCUUUGGAUCGACACUAAAACUAGGUCCAACAUGGAGACCACGAUGGAGGUCCUUGUACCCGAUACCAUCACCUCCUGGGUCGCCAGUGCUUUUGUGAUGUCUCCGAACAGCGGGCUUGGAGUGACGACCACUCCAGUGGAGCUGGAAGCUUUUCAACCUUUCUUCAUUUUCCUGAACCUACCGUACUCUGUCGUCAGAGGAGAGCAGUUCAUUUUGGAAGUCAACGUCUUUAAUUACUUGAAAGAAGAAGCUGAGGUCACAGUGACCCUGGAUAUGAACGAGGCUUUUGAAAUCAUUCUGACAUCCAAUGAAAUAAAUGCCACGGAAAACCAGCAGUCCGUAUCCGUACCCAGUGAAGAUGGGAAAACCAUUCAGUUCCCAAUCAAGCCACGGCAGCUGGGAGAGAUUCCCCUCAAAGUGACAGCCAUGUCGUCUGCUGCUGCUGAUGCUGUGGUUCAGCAGGUUCUGGUGAAGGUGUUAUCUAAGGAACAAAUUAUGGACUUUGGCACAAAGGCUGCAAAAACAUUCACUUUGACAGCAGAAAACUCCUGGGCUCCUCUGGCAUGCAUACUGGUGUUCUACGUUGAUGAGCUUGGCGUGGUUGUGAACGAUGCUCUCACCGUCCCUGUCCAGCCUGUUUUGGAUGACAAGAUUAAAAUAUCUUGGAGCAAAGAUAAGGUGAAGCCAUCUGAGGGGGUCUCCCUAAAAAUCAGUACGACAGAGCCAGGGUCAGUCAUUGGACUCGCGGUUGUUGAUAAAAGUACAAAGCUCCUAGGAGAAAGUACUGACAUAACAGAAGAUUCUGUCUUCCACGAGCUCAAUUUAUACAGCACGGUGCAGUAUUUCCCUCUGGUCAGAGGGUCUUUUGGGGUCUUUCAGAAAUGCAGCCUUUGGGUAUCCACUGAUGCAGUUCUUGAGGAGGAUAAGGAACAUUUUCUUUAUGGUGGAAUGAUACCCAUCGAGGACGGUUUCGGUGAUGAUAUGCCGGUAUCUAAGGACGGGCCUCCUGAUUUCAGCAACCUCUACGUGAGGACACAUUUUCCAGAGACUUGGCUUUGGAUCGACACUAAAACUAGGUCCAACAUGGAGACCACGAUGGAGGUCCUUGUACCCGAUACCAUCACCUCCUGGGUCGCCAGUGCUUUUGUGAUGUCUCCGAACAGCGGGCUUGGAGUGACGACCACUCCAGUGGAGCUGGAAGCUUUUCAACCUUUCUUCAUUUUCCUGAACCUACCGUACUCUGUCGUCAGAGGAGAGCAGUUCAUUUUGGAAGUCAACGUCUUUAAUUACUUGAAAGAAGAAGCUGAGGUCACAGUGACCCUGGAUAUGAACGAGGCUUUUGAAAUCAUUCUGACAUCCAAUGAAAUAAAUGCCACGGAAAACCAGCAGUCCGUAUCCGUACCCAGUGAAGAUGGGAAAACCAUUCAGUUCCCAAUCAAGCCACGGCAGCUGGGAGAGAUUCCCCUCAAAGUGACAGCCAUGUCGUCUGCUGCUGCUGAUGCUGUGGUUCAGCAGGUUCUGGUGAAGGCUGAAGGCUUGGAGCAGACGUAUUCUCAGACCGUCCUUCUGGAUUUAGCUGGGAAUAGACCACAGGCGCUGUCAAAAACCUUGGAGUUCACUUUUCCACCCGAUGUUGUAAGUGGCAGCGAGAGAGUGCAGGUCACUGCUGUUGGUGAUUUGCUUGGGCCUUCUAUCAAUGGUUUGUCGUCACUGAUUAAGAUGCCGUAUGGCUGCGGCGAACAGAAUAUGAUCAAUUUUGCUCCAAACGUUUAUGUUCUGCAAUACCUGACUAAAACCAGGCAGCUGAGAGAGGAUAUUAGAUCAAAAGCUGUAUCAUUUAUGAGAAAAGGCUACCAGCGAGAGCUGCUUUUCCAGAGGGAUGAUGGCUCUUUUAGUGCCUUUGGAAAUGAAGAUCCCUCUGGGAGCACGUGGCUAUCAGCUUUUGUGUUAAGAUGUUUCCUUCAAGCUCGUCCAUUCAUAGACAUUGACCAAGACGUCCUGAGGGACACAGCUAAAUGGAUAGUCCGGCACCAGAAGGUAAAUGGAGAGUUUCAGGAGCCUGGGAGAGUAUUGCACAGCGAUCUUCAAGGAGGCACCAACAACCCGGUCACUCUCACGGCUUACAUCAUGUCAUCCCUCCUGGGCUUCCCAGAUAAACAGCACGCUUAUGUCAUCAAGAGUGCUACGAACUUUCUAGAAGAUAAAUUAGCAGAAGGCAUUUCGGAUAAUUACACUUUGGCACUCGUGACAUAUGUGUUGUCCUGGGCAAAGAGCACCAAAGCGAAGGAAGCACUGAAUAUGCUGAACGAGAGAGCAGAACAGCAAGGAGAAUUUCGUUUCUGGGUAACACCUGCUUCUGAAAUUUCUGCUUCCUGGCAGCCCCGGUCCAUCGAUAUUGAGCUUGCGGCGUACGCUCUGCUCUCCCACUUCCACCAAGACAGGUUGGCGGAGGGCAUCCCCGUCAUGAAAUGGUUAAGUCAACAACGAAAUCACCUCGGGGGAUUUUCAUCUACUCAGGACACGGUGGUGGCUCUGCAAGCCCUGAGUCUGUUCGCAGCUCUCACCACCGCCAGCGGGACAGCAAUGGAUGUGACAGUGACAGCACCUUCUCUGAAAACACCAGAAACGUUCUCAAUCGAUACUCAGAAUCGUUUCCUGCUGCAGACCAAGGAGAUUCCCCCUGUACAGCCAAUGACAAUGACGGUGGCAGCAGAGGGGACAGGGUUUGCUGUCUUUCAGCUCAAUGUUAUUUACAACACAAAGCACACUGAUCAGAGGCUCAGAUCCACCCGAAAACAAGAAGCCUUUGACUUGAAUGUUGAUGUAAAGGAUGACAAAGACGAUAAAAACCAUUUGACCUUGAAUGUGUGCACAAGGUACUUGGGUUCUGGUGCAGCUCCCAGGAGUGGGAUGGUCCUCAUGGAGGUGGGCUUACUCAGUGGUUUCUCCGUGUCACCUGAUUUCGUUCCAUUAGACAAUACAGUGAAGAAGGUGGAAAAGGACAAUGGAAAAGUCAACCUAUACUUAGACUCUCUAAAUGAAACACAGGUUUGUGUGGAUAUUCCGGCUGUGAGAGACUUCAAAGUGGCAAAUAUCCAGGAUGCUUCAGUGACUGUGGUGGAUUACUAUGAACCUAGGAGAAGAGCGGUGAGAAGCUACAACUCAGGGGUAAUGCAAAGUGUCACCCCGUGUGACUUCUGUGACAGCGACUGCAGCCUCUGCCACCGCGAUGGCUCUCCGGCCCUGCUCGGGUGCUCCUCGCUGGCCUCCUUCUUCUGGCUGCUCUCUGUCCUUCACGUCAACUCCCUCUGCUCUUGGGCGCUGUAAGAGGAGACGGAUGAUGUUUCUCGUCUAAGGUUUCCAUAAAUUAUCCAAAGAAAACCUUGCGUUGAGAUACCAGCCCGUCUUUAGUGGUGACAGCGACCAAACUCCCGCCGCCUUCAGGGGAGCUGGGCUGGCCCGGGCGCUGCAUUUCUGGCUGGGCCAGAAAACCUCUUCAAGUAUCUGCUGGAAAAAGCUUUCCAAGUCUUCGUUUCAUACUGAAGUUAUUUUCUGAAGAAGCACAGAGUUGCUGAGAAAGCAGCCUGAGAUAACGCAAACCCAGCUCCGUGUUCCCACUCCCUUUCUGCCCCAGCUUUCAUUUCUCCUUGGAUUUUAGGGCUGUACAUUAGUUUCCUGUGCUUUUCUGAAAUCUGGCUGCUUCUCCACUGGGGCGUUGGGAAGCAGAGCCCUGGGAGCUUGGUACCAGAGUUCGCUUUGUGCUGUUCUGCAGACCUGACACUGAUCAUUAAGAUUGAAUUUCACUGUGUGUUCUCAUGGGGAAUAAUACAAAAAAUAUAAGGAGCUGGCUUCACGGCAGAUCCGAGAGCCAAGAAGUGCUGCAUUCACAAACUGCUGAACGCUCCAGAAAGUUGUCGGUCUUUUUUUUUGUUAUUACAGACAAGCUAGGUGGAUGUUUUGCCAAUUCAUAAGUUAUUCAUGUUUGAAAAUAAGGCCUUGGGACGUUCUUAUGCAUUUUACUCUGAAAGGCUUUUACUGUAAAUGUAUCAAAGAUGGAGUCUGUGCUUGAGACUCCAUUUUUCUAGGGUUUUUCAGAAACCAACCUAAUUCUCUUUCUGUGUGGGAACGCUGGUGUCCAUUGGCAUAUUUAUGGCCAGCAGGAUGAAGGUUGCUUGGAUCCUUUUCUGGUUUGUAGGAGUCUUCUGGAAAUGUCACUCUGGGGCAUCCUUUAUGUCUCGCAUUCAUGGCGUCAUCUUGUCAACGAUUUAAGUGACGUAACCCCAAAGAGCUGUUUAUCAACAAUAAAGAGCUGUUUGUCUCUCCCUGUGCCCUGACAGCUGCGGGGCCCUGAGGAGAGGGACGGGGGAAGAACAGCAGCCACUUUUACACCCAGACCUGCUCCUUGCACGUGGGGAGAGUGACGGGUCCCUAUGGAUGGGAAAAGGUGUGACCUUGGGAACUCCUCCCUCUGUAUGAACGUCUUCCCUGGUUUAUCCUUCUGGAGCACUGCCCCUGUGUAAUGCUUACUUCUUUGUGACAUAUCAUAACACAUAACACCCCUAGUCACUGCGAUGAAGUUAACAGCUGUUGUGCAAAUUAACAGAGGGAGAAAUUUUUAGGCUAUUGGCUCCCUUCCCCUCCUACCUUUCUGAGACGGAGUGUGCACGUGUGCACAUGUAAUAAUGUGGCAGUCACUUUCCUUGAGCGAUUUCUAAUUUUUAUUCAAAUUUUGCUGCUGCUUAAAAUGUAUAUUUUUGUAUUUUAUGCUCAUCUGUUCUUCUGUUCUCAAAGGAAGCUGGUAGAUGGUAGCAGGGAAAGAGCCCUGAACUUCCUGCACCGGGCGCCUUCUAAUGUCGAGGUGUUGGUUUUUAACUGCAAAACGAGUUUAGGUGGGGUCAUUUGCUUUACUUUAUCUGUACUUAGAAUUUACAGGGUUUUUCCCAAACUUGGGGUUCUGUUCUGUCUCUCUGGCAGAGCUUAGGCCUGGUUCUUUGGACUCGGUUAAUGCGUUUGAUUUGUCUUUGGUGCACUUUGGAUCCAGCUCCUGGAAGAGAUGAUUAGUGCCUUAACGUGAGUGCCCGUGCUGCCCCAACCCAUGGGCACUUAUACUGAAUUUUUGGAAAUCCAAAGUGCUUCUUAGUCAAUAGGAUGCAGGAUCUGCCCCUCUGUAAGUUGUGCCCUUGGUCACACGGGUCCAAAGCUGGUAGAAACCCGAGAUACAAACUGAAAUGUGUCUUUGUGCCUCAAACCCUGUACCCGCGUGUGGGAGCAGAGUGAGUUGUGCCCAGUGUGAGAUCUGGAGAACGCUCACACUCUGAACUGGGGUGUGUUUUGCUGUGGGUUUGGUUUCUUGGUGACCUUUGGGUUCAGCAGCUUUGGCAUGUCAUUUGCCUCCAUUUAAUAUAAUUUCCAGAACCCAUAGCUCACUGACUUUCAGUUUUUACUAUAUGUAGAGCUUCCAAGAGGAGUGUUAAUACCUGAUUAAUCUUAGGAUAAAGAAGCUUAUUUUCUAGACAAGUUGUACUGGAGAUAAACUACUCCAUUGCAGUAGAAAGUAGGAAUAAAUGAGUUUUAUUUUGCAGGCAGUCCCAGCUUCCCGAAUAUCCUCCAGGAAAAUGGAUUUAAACUGCUCAUCGUAAUUUCAGAUAUUGCGGCUUUUAUUAGUGUUCCUUUAUGUUUGCUUUUGAGGCAAGCAACACGUGUUUCUCAAUGACUCUGGGCUGCCUCGCCCACCCAAAAAAGCAUCAGUCAUGAUGCAUCAGGUCACGGGAUUGUCGGAGUCGGUGAACAAACACCCCGUUGUUGAUGUUGGAGGGGCCGUGCUCCCGCUGAAGUUACUGGGAAAUCUCUUAGCAAAAAAUCCUUAGGAGCAAGGUCUUUAAGGAGCGACAGUAAAAGCAGUCAGGAGAAGGUAGUUUGUGAUGGGGUCAUUGCCUGACCCUUGCUGUUUGUUUCAAAUCUGAAUAUUCUUUGGUGUUUCCCACGCCCUUUUCAGCCACGUGCCGUCAGUGGACACGAGCUGUGCGGGGCCAUUAAUAUGCUUUUAAAUCAGUAAGAAAUAGUAAUUUAUUUAGGACUGAGUUUAAAAGAAGAACAUUGUGCAUUCUGAAGGUUCUCCCCCCGCCUUGCUCCCAUUAGCUUCACAAGCAGGAGCCUGUGGCUCGUGCCAGUCAGUGGCCAGUUAGAAAAGGGGCAAGUGGCCAAACUGGUGCAGAAGGAGCAGAAGAGCCAAGGUCCAGCGUUAAUGUGCCUCUCUCUUGCCUUGAAAGUCUCUGUUGAAAAUCGAAUCUAAGGUUCAAAAAUUGGUUUUAUUCAGUUUUCAAAAUAUUAUCCUAGCAGUAUUUCUCCCAGUGUGCUGUCCCAGUUGGUAUGAAUAUUGACAACAUUGGGUUUAAGCAGGUUCCUGUAGGAAGCACUUGUAUAUGCAUAACCAUUCUUUAGGCUCUAGCCUCUAUGGUGUGUGUGUGCAAUUAGAAAUGUACAAGAUCUUCACAAAGUGCCCAAACCAACAACACAGUGUGAUGUUUUGGUUUUCAAAAUACACAGGUUUUUAGGAAAGAUUGUAUUUGGAAAGCAGCUGGUACCUACCAGCAUAGCUUUUUUAUCUCAAAUACCAAGGAAGAGUAUUCAAUUUUAAUUCUAAUGGCCAAUAAUCUUCCUGUUACAGCCUUCCUUCUUCUACCAUGAAUUUUUAUGCAUUGAGCUCUAUUUAUGUGUUUAGUCCUCUAAAUAUAUCAAAGAUUUUGAAAUUAGAUGUUUUCCCUAGUAAUUUAUCCACAAGCAGCAGUUAGGUGAUUGGGUCUUUUGAGUUAUUAUUAGAUUCUCCUUUACCCUGUGUCAAAAUAUUUGACUUCAGCGUUGUGUCUUACUCAGUUUAUUGUAUUUUUUGUGCCACUUGGAAAUAUUGUUGCACUAACGCUGUUCUAUGCAAUAAAGCCUGACCGUGUGCUGCAUCAGGUCAAUCCAGUGAUUAUUUUUCCUAACGGACAGCUCGUUACUUUCCGAUGUAUAUGAGCAUUAAUUGCUUAUGUGCUACCUGUGAGUCGCCAGAACUCCAGUGUUAGGAUUCCUCUUUAAUUUCAAAUCAUACGUUUUAUCGUGUAUUUCUUAGUGGUUACCCAGAAGCUUCAUUGUCCUUGCUCAGAUCUCGUGAUGUUGUGUUAUGAAUUGGUGUUUUUGUUGUGGUUUUUAGUAUUGUUAGCUUGGGUGGGACACUAAUAUGAGGAAGAAAAUAUAUAUUAAAAAAAAAACUGGCUCAAAGAAAGUAUCGCAUAAGGAGGUGCAAUCUACCAUACAUCAGCUGUGCUGCUGGCUUUUUCCAUGUUAGACCUUAAGCAAUUGGAACUAAAGUUCUUGACUGCCUUGAGACAUGGUCAGAUACCCAUUUUGGCCUAGUUCAGGGUCAUCAUAAACAUUUCCAUUUUUGAUCAAAUCACAGACGGCAGGAAAAGAAGGCUUUUCUGAAUGGUUUUGAGCAAAGGGAGGUGGAUUAACACGCUAGCUCUGCCAACUGCUUCUGCCUUUGCAAAUAGUGAAACAAAUGCUGAGGAGCUCGACUGUUUCACGGGAUUUUGGAAAAUUGUCAUUGAUUUAUUUUUCUGCAAAUAAAGUUUGCAACAGCUAUUUUUAAAUUCUAUUAAAGAUGACUUGUAAUAACA